UCUGAAAACCCAAAACCCCUCGUCGCCCUCUGCUGAUUUUCCUUCCGCAGUUUAUCAGGCGAGCAAAGCUGAGUUGAGAUUCAGCAAUGGGUCGCAAAACCAAAGAAACCUCCGCCGCCGUCGGCGAGGCAGAACCGCAACGGACCCAACCUCUCCACGAAACCACAGCCGAGAGGAGGAAGAAGCAGAAAAACAAAGACGAAGAAGAAGCCCAACUCAGUUCCAAUCCCAAGAGAUUGCCUCAGGAAGAAAACUCAGAUUCUAUUGACAAGAAGAAGAAGAAGAAGCACCAGAAAUCCAAAGAGGAGGAAGAACCCGAACACAAUCAGGAGCCACAGGAAAUUGGCUAUGCCGACAAAGGAGAAUCUGGAGACGCGGCUGUGGCAGUUACUGGGAAAGAUGCAAAGGAAGACAAAUACAAGCCAUUGACUUCCUUUGCAGAAUCGAAGCUUCCCAGUGAUGUUUUACAGUGCUGUCAGAAUUUCAAGAGUCCUUCUCCGACUCAAUCCCGGGUUCUGUGCUAUUUUUUCAAUAUUUCAGAUGUUUUGUUUGAGGCUGGGAAACCUUGUGGUGUGAUAUGAGUUUGUUUGUAUGGAGGAGCACCCAAAGGACCCCAGAUAUCUUCGUUGAAGGCUGGUGUUGACAUCAUCAUUGGAACUCAUGGUCGUUUGAAAGCAUUGAAAUGGGUGUGUUGCCUGAAGGAAGUAUCUAUUACGGUCCUUGAUGAAGCAGAUCGAAUGCUUGACAUGGGAUUUGAACCAGAAGUUCGCUAUAUAUCGGGUCAGACAUGCUCUGCUCGCCAAAUGGUAAUGUUCAGGGCUACAUGGCCUCCAUCAGUUCAUCAGUUAGCUCAGGAGUUCAUGGACCCUAAUCCUGUUAAGGUUGUUGUUGGGUCAGAGGAUUUAGCUGCCAACCAUGAUGUUAUGCAGAUAGUUGAGGUGUUGGAUGAACAUUCAUGUGAUGGGCGCUUGGUUGCAUUGCUAGAAAAAUGCCACAAAUCUAAGAGAACAUAGUUUUGAUUUUUGUCUUGUACAAAAAGGAAGCCACUUGUGUUGAGAUUAUGCUGCAAAAAGGG